AUGAGAUAUCUCAGUGCAAAUCAGUUCGAAGUGUACGAGCAAAUUGGCAAAGGUGGGUUCGGCGUUGUGUACCGUGGGCUGGACCGUGUGACCAAGACACCAGUGGCCAUAAAGCAAGUGGAUUUGGAAAGCACAGACAGCUUCCAGGAUCUCCAGAAGGAGAUCAACAUCUUGAGCCAGUGUCAUCUGAAGCAGAUCACCAAGUACCACGGAUGCUUCGUGAAGGGGUAUAAACUUUGGAUCAUUAUGGAGUACAUGGACGGUGGAAGCUGUAGUGAUUUGCUCCGGCCUGGUCCUUUCAAGGAAAAGUACAUUGCCAUUCUGCUGAGAGAGCUGUUGGAGGCCUUGGCCUAUCUCCAUGAGAAGGAUAGGAUACAUCGUGAUGUUAAGGCAGCAAACAUCCUUCUGAACUCACAGGGAGACGUGAAGAUCGCAGACUUCGGUGUCUCGACACAGCUAUCCAGCAACUUGUCGAGAAGAAGGACCUUUGUCGGCUCGCCCUACUGGAUGUCACCAGAGGUGAUAUUGGAAGAAGACUACAAUUGCAAGGCCGACAUAUGGUCCUUGGGUAUCACCGCGAUUGAGCUUGCCACUGGUAAGCCACCGUUGUCGAAUAUCCCACCGAUGAAAGUUCUGUUCCAGAUCCCAAAGCACGAUCCUCCGAGAUUGGAAGGUGACGAUUGGUCUCCUGAGUUCAAACAGUUCGUUGCAGCAUGCCUUCAACGUAAUCCAAACAAGAGGCCAAGUGCAAAGAGGCUGCUAAAACUCAGUAAAUUCAUACAGUCCGCUGGUAAGAGCUCCAGCCUGAAGGACUUGAUCAAGAGGCAACAAAUCUGGGAUCUAGAA